AUUAUCGAAGGAGCAAGCAAUCUGAGCCGUGCACGUACAUACGUACUAGAAGAGAAUAAAAGCUUGCUUUCGAUCGAUAAUGUCUGCUAUCGCCGUACCCAUAUGGCUUCCACUUCUCCUUCUUCUCCCCAUUCUGCUACUCAUGAAAAACAAAAUUCAUGGUCGGAGGCAAUACAAAAACCUUCCACCAAGCCCUCCAAACCUUCCCAUUAUAGGCAACAUGCACCAGAUUGGUAAUUUGCCUCAUCAAUCUUUGUCGCAACUCGCCAAGACAUAUGGCCCCGUGAUGCUGCUCAAAUUCGGUGCUAAACCGAUUGUUGUUAUCUCUUCUGCUGAGGCUGCAAAAGAGGUCUUGAAAGUUCAUGAUCUCGACUGUUGCAGUCGACCUCUCUCAGCCAGCGCUGGAAAAUUGACGUACAAUUAUCAGGACAUAGUCUUUGCACCUUAUGGCGAGUAUUGGCGAGAGAUAAGGAAAGUCUGUGUUCUUGAGCUUUUUAGCGCGGCAAGGGUGCAGUCAUAUCGGUCCAUCAGGGAAGAAGAAGUGGCUUUGCUUGUGAAUACAAUAUCUCAGUCUUCAUCUUCUGCAACCCCUGUGAAUCUCUUGGAGAAGAUGUUGCCUCCUACUGCAAGUAUUCUCUGCAGGAUUGCUUUUGGAAAGAGCUUCCGGGGGAGUGAUUUGGAUAAUGAGAAGUUUCAAGAAGUUCUUCAUGAGGCUGAAGCCAUGCUUGCAAGCUUCACUGCAGCUGAGUUGUUUCCAUACGUGGGAUGGAUUGUGGACAGGCUCUCUGGUAAAUUUCAAAGACUUGACAAGAUUUUCCAUGAGUUGGAUAACUUUCUACAACUGGCAAUUGAUUUUCAUCUCAAUCCCGACAAGACAAAAGAGGAACACGAAGACCUCGUCGAUGUGCUGCUCAGAAUAGAAAGGGAGCAAGCAAAGUCUGGUGGAGCUCCGUUCACAAGAGAUAACAUUAAGGCGAUCCUCUUCGAUGUAUUUCUAGGUGGAAGCAACACUGCUGCAGUUACCACGGUAUGGGCAAUGGCAGAGCUUGCAAGGAACCCGCGAGUGAUGAAGAAAGCACAAGAAGAAGUCAGAAAUCUCGUUGGAAACAAAGGAAAGGUCGCAGAAAGCGACACUCCUAAUCUUCCUUACCUCAAGAUGGUAAUGAAAGAAACUCUCAGAUUGCACCCUCCGGCCGCAAUGCUUCUUCCAAGAGAAACUAUGGCACCUUUUAAGAUCAGUGGUUACGACAUUUGCCCAAAAUCAUUGCUGCAAGUAAACAACUGGGCAAUAGCAAGAGACCCUGAAUACUGGAAAAACCCAGAAGAAUUCAACCCAGAAAGGUUCGAUGAUAGCUCUAUUGAUUAUAAGGGGCAAAACUUUGAGUUAUUGCCAUUUGGAUCUGGUCGAAGGGGUUGUCCUGGGAUGCAUAUGGGAACGACCACAGUUGAGGUUGCACUCGCCAAUCUUUUGUACUCUUUCGAUUGGAAAUUACCCAGCGGGAUGAAAGAGGAGGACAUUAACAUGGAAGAAUCGACUGGUCCGGGCCUUACCCAGAAAAGAACACCAUUGAAACUAGUUCCAGUCAAGGUUUUUUAGUGGGAGUCAGGAAAUAGCAUUAGCCGAAGAGCAUCCCCUCUGGAGUAGCCUCUUUUGUCGAUACAUAUAUAUGCUGCUACAGUAUUUCAUGUGAAAUAAGUGGCAGCAAAUAAAUGGCGUGUAUGCCUUGAUUUGUUUCUAGUGAUCAUUGUUAAUUUCUCUUAUUACUAAUAAAUGAUAUUGUAAUUGAGCACAAAACCCCCUUCAUGACUGUGGAGACUUUGGGUAUUGUUAUUGAUCAAUUUAUCAUUUUGUAUUA